UUUCUUGGUGAAUUGUCCUAGAGGAACCAUGUUUCUUGAGUCUAUUGAUGCAUCUAGUUACUCAAAGGAUGCAAACAAGAUUUCUAACUUGCUUGACAAGUUUGUUGACAAAUUUGGAGAAACUAAUGUGGUCCAAAUUGUCACCGACAGUGCUGCAGCAAAUGUAUUGGCAGGGAAGUUUUUGGAGGCAAAGAGACCCCACUUGUAUUGGACACCUUGUGCAGCGCAUUGCUUGGAUUUAAUGUUGGAAGACAUUUUCAAAUUACCCAAUUUUAAGAAGACAUUUGAAAGGGCAAUUGGGGUACACGGUUAUAUUUGUAAUCGUCCAUCUUUGUUGAAUAUGAUGAGGAGUUUCACUCAAUUGAAGGAGUUAGUGAAGCCUGCUAAAACCCGAUUUGCAACAGCUUUCUUAACUCUGCAAAGACUUUAUCAACAAAGGAACAACUUGGGGAAGAUGUUUACUUCGGAGGAGUGGACCAAAAGCAAAUUGGCAAAGGAGCCGCAGGGUAAGAAGACAGCUCAAAUAAUGCUAAUGCCUUCAUUUUGGAAUCAUGUUCACCUUGCCUUUCAGUUUUCAUGUCCUCUUGUUCAUGUACUAAGAAUGGUUGAUGGUGAAGACAAGCCUCCAAUGGGAUAUAUUUACGAGGCUAUGGAUAGGGCUAAAGAAGCUAUUGCAAAUGCAUUCGAUGGAAAAGAAGAGAAGUAUAUAGAGAUCUUUGAAAUCAUUGAUCAAAGGUGGGACAUUCAAUUGCAUCGCCCUUUGCAUGCUGCUGGGUUUUAUUUAAAUCUUAGUUUGUUUUACAAAGAUUCAAAUGUUGCAAAGGACGAAGAAAUCAUGACAGGCCUGUAUCAAUGUAUAUCAAGGUUGAUCCCAACACUAGAGAUCCAAGAUAAAGUUUGUGCAGAAUUAGCUAAGUAUGAGAAGGCUGAAGGACUUUUUCUGAUUCCUAUGGCAAAUAGACAAAGAAGUAUAAGGGUACCAGGUAAUCAUUUACAAUGUUCUAUUCUAGUAGUCAAUACCUUUUACUUAAAAAUGUUUGCUAAGUGCUAACUAAUUAUCAUGAUCAGCUGAUUGGUGGAUUUCUUUUAGUCAUGAAACUCCUGAUUGGCAAAAAUUUGCCAUCAAAGUACUUAGUCUUACUUGUAGUUCAUUUGGCUGUGAGAGAAAUUGGAGUGUGUUUGAACAUGUGAGUACCCGUUGCCAAAUCUAGUAGUGAAUUCCAAAAACAAAUUCAGUUAUAUACAAAUUUAAAUGCUUUUUUAUUUAUUGUUGCAGCUUCACAGCAAAAAAAAGAAAUAGGCUGGCUCAAAAACGUCUCAAUGAUUUGGUGUUUGUGAAGUAUAAUAGAGCAUUGAAGCGUCGAUACAUGAAACGUGCCAAUAUUGAUCCCAUCUCUUUGAAAGAUAUUGAUGAGAGCAAUGAAUGGUUGAUUGGGAGGAUGGAGAAUGAGCUUGUGUUUGAUGAUGAUUCUUUGGGAUGGGAUGAUGUUGCUGUAGUUGUUGGAGUUGAGGAGAGUAACCAAAGAACUAGAUCAAGCACAACUAGGACAACACACCAACAACUUGUAGAUGAAGAAGAUGAAUGGGAAGAUGAAGAUGAGGCUGAAGAGGAGGAUGCGGAUGGAUACAAAUCCAAUGAUGAUGAUGGAGGAGAUGAAGUUCUUCAUGCUGACGAUGAUGUCUAUUAAGUUUUGAAUACAAUUAUGCAACUAUAGGACUUAUAUAUUUUAAUUUCUUUUUCGAACCACAAAUUAGAAGCUUAGUUGCAUUGAAUUAUGUAGAUGAUGAUUUUAAUACAUAAGGUUUUUGGUGGAUGUAAAUGUCAUACUUUAUACCUUUUGUUGGAUAUUAUACUUUUUAAUAUACUACAUAUAUUUGUUAUGUUAAAAAUUUUGCCUACUUUAUAAUUUUGCAUUGCUUUGAUUAUGUGCGCCUUGCUUUGGUGAGGCACACGCCUCGCUUCGCGCCUCGCGCUUAGGCUACAGGAGACCUUAUCGCCUCGGUGCGCCUGGAGCCUUUUAAAACACUGAUCUUGUGUAACGGGUAUAUCAUGAUGGUCUAUUUACAUGAUAGAAAUAUAUCACCGUGGUGUAUUUGUUACACAAGAUUUUACCUCCAAUAGUGGGAUUGUUGCAUAUACUAGUAUAUUGCCAUUUCAUUGAGAAGUUGCUUCUGUAGGAAUCAUUCAAUAUUGACACUGGGCAGAAACAUUUUUGUCUGGUGUUGGCAUAUAUUAUUGACAAGUCAAAAAUGUCAAAUGGUUUAGUUGUCUUAUUAAUCGACAUGAUAUUAUAUUGUCACAUCAAAUAUUAACAUAGCAAAUAGAAUUAUGUUCGAAUUUAUGUGUGUUGGUCUCCUGCCAAUAUUUGUCCUUAGAUUGUAAAUUGGUGCUCUAGCAAGUUGUCCUGAGAAUCAAGUUCUUGUACAAUUAAGUGAAAGGAAAAUUGAACGGGAAAAAGGAAUGUGUAUAUUGUACUUCUAUUUCAUAUAUUAAUAGAUAUAUCUGUAUUAUGCUUUUCUUAGAAAACAAUAAAUAAAUUAAAGUGAAAGGGAAAAAGAAUAUAUUUGGGCUUUUGUUUUUGUUUCUAAAUGUGGUCGUCUUUAAUUUGGGGUUGGAAUUUGUGUAUUGAAUAGUUCUUGCUAUGUUCUACCGAAGGCUCCUACGAGUUCUGUUUUAUAGUUAUCUUGAUCUCUGUCUUCACCAUGAGGAGGUCAUGGAAAUAUGGAUAGACAACUUCAGAGAAUCUGGUUUCAAGUUGGUGAUCAAAAAAAGAAUUUAGUUUCAAGUUCUGCUAUUACUCUAGCAAAAUGGUUUGCCACUAACAUUCUUUCACAUUGACGAGAUUUUACAAUGGAUUAUGGCUUUUAGUGUUUUAAACAUUUUAUUUAAAGGGAAUUGCUAUUGCUAAAUAAUAUAUAGUGUUUACUUAGAUUGUAUAUUGGUGUUGUAUCAGUCAAGUUCUUGUCUAGUUAAGCGAAAUGGAAAACAAUUUGUGCAAUAUAUGUGGCUGUUUUUGUUUUUUUAUGUGGUCCUCUUUAGUUUGGGUGAGAAUUUGCGUAUUGAAUAGUGUUUCAUAUGUUCUAUUGAAUCAUGUUAUGAGUUCUACACUGUCAUAUGUUCUAUUAAAUAUUUUUGUUUCUCCAAAUAACCAUGGUUGAUUUAUGUAGAUGAUACCAUUAGUUUCAUAGUUUUCUCGACUUUCUGUCUUCAUCAUGAAGAAUCAUUGAAAUAUGGGGAGACAUCUUUGGAGAAUUUGGUUUCAAGUUUUUGCUAUUACUUAAGCAAAAUAGUUUGCUAUUAUCAUUCUUUCGUAUUGAUCAGAUUUGAGAAUGGAUCGCUUCUUGUUUGUGUUAAAACGUUCCUUCAAGGCAAUAGGCAUCUUUUUAGCAAUUAUGUAGUUCUUUUUUGCAAUGACUCUAUCCAUCUAAUAAUUUACUUAAAACCCCUAGUUUAGAUCAGUUUUGGUACUAGGAAAUACAUGUGUUUUCUUCAAUAUGGACCCGAUGGUACUAAAUUCACAAUAUUUACUCCGAAGUGUUCGAUAGGCGAAAUUAUUCAGUGCUCUCCAUGAUAAGACUAAAGCAAGAUAGGAUAUUAGAUUUGAGUAAUGGCAGCAAUUUCAAAAUUGUAUGCAUUAUUAUGUUUCUCUAUUGAUGAUGAUGGUUCCUGUGGAGUAAUUCUUAUUUUUCAG